AGAUAAAAGGUUGUCCUCAACACCUCUGGAAGUCCUGUUCUUUCUGAAUGGGUGGUACGAUGCAACCUAUUUCCUUCUGGAGCUCCUUAUUUUCCUGUAUAAAGCAGGUCUCUUGCUGCCAUACCAACAGCCAACCUAGUCCUGGAUGUGGUGAUGCUGUUCCUUUAUCUUGGCGUUGAAGUAAUAAGACUGUUUUUUGGUACAAAGGGAAACCCCUGCCAGCGAAAGAUGCCCCUUGGCAUUAGUGUGGCCUUGACCUUCCCGUCUGCCAUGAUGGCUUCCUAUUACCUGCUGCUGCAGACCUAUGUGCUUCGCCUGGAAGCUAUCAUGAACAGCAUCUUGCUCUUCUUUUGUGGCUCAGAACUGCUGCAUGAGAUGCUCACAUUGGCCACCUUCUCCAGUAUGGACAGGAUCUGAAGUACAAGAACUCCAACUGGUAGUCCAUCAGGGUGACAACACAUAUCCUUCUGGUA